AUGGCCAGCGCAGCAUCUUCAACCGACCGGCUCGGGGCACUCCCUAAGGAGGUCUUAGCAUGGAUCUUUGACUUCGUUCCAGAAGCGGAUAUGCCCAAUUUACGACUGGUGUGCAAAUACCUUGGCCAAUUUGCUGAGCUCCAUCUCUUCUCUGAGCUGUCUGUCGAGUCAACAAGGCGAAGAAUGCAAAACCUUCGCGAUCUCAGCAAGCGCCCGCACCUGGCUGUGUGUGUCUUGUCCGUCUACUGGCAAGCGGACCGCUUUGACCGACCUACAUUGGACCGAAGUGCGUGGGAGAAGCAACGAGAGGUCAAUCCGGCAUCACGUGAAUGGAAUUGGUCUCACGAGGCGCAAAAUAUCAUGAAAACAGACGACGGCGGGCUGACAACAGAGUAUCGGGACGCCUUUGAAAGACAAAUGAAGGUAUUCGAAGAGAAGUGCAGGGGUAAUCCUACGCCAACUGAAUGCGAUCGGGCGUAUGCUGUAUAUUGGGAGGAAAGUGAAGGCCAAUGGGAAAUGCAGAGGACGGGUUUUGAGCAGGAGUGUCUUGGAGAUCUCUUCAAAGCUUGCCGGACCUUGCGCAAGAUCACCAUUGCAAUUGCCCAUGGUAUCGAUGGCUUUCGCCGGCGUGCGAGGACGGCAUACCUUCCGACAAUGAUGCAGCCACGCGGUGACUUCCAUCCCCUCGAUCAAGGUGUAUACCAAGUUUCGGAAACCGCGAAAGCUCUCUACCGCCAAAGCCGACCUAUCAAGGAAUUACGGCUCAUUGACAUCUCGUAUCGUCUAAUGAUGUCUCCUACAGACGAUGCCAGCAUGAGAUACAUGAUGAGUGGCCUGGAGGAGCUCCGUAUAAUCUUCAGCUGCUAUGUUGACCCGAGCGCGGAAGCGGGAGAUGAUGAUGAGGUCUUCGAAGCAGCCAGAACGGAAAUGGAAGAUCAAGCAUUCGAUGAAAUCAGAACGGCCUACCAUAAUAACAAGCUCUCCGGCUGGUUAAGCGAAGCUCGAAGCCUACGAGUUCUGAAGUUGAGGAUGUAUCACCACGAUUUCGACGAUCGCUGCCCCACAAUCAAGAGCAUUCUGGGUUCCAGUACCUGGCCGGGUCUUGCUCAGCUUGCAUUACGCCAAUUCAGUGCUACUACAGACGAUCUGGUGGCCUUGCUCCUUCGUCACCAGAAGAGCCUUCAAUACGUCUAUCUGGCAGACAUCGACCUCACCACAGAUGGCUGGCUCGCGGUGUUUCUACGAAUCGCUGGAAAAAUGAAAAGUCUGGAAGCAUUUUAUCUAGAUGGAACGCUGAGUGAGGACGGCGAUGUAGUUUACGCAUUUCAGGACGCGAGAGACAGAUUCGAGCAAUAUGUGCUCGACCCCACCAACCGAGAUCCUCUAAAACCCACGGGACCUCCUGCUGAUCCGCCAUCCGACACUGGAGACAACAACGUGGACGACGAGGACGAUGGCCAUGACCAUAAUCACGAGGGCGAUGACCGUGAGGACGACGUACCCGACCCUCUUGAAAGGGGGUCGAAAUUCUUCGAUUGGUGGGAGACCACAUAUUACUACUAG